CGUGCUGAUGUCAUGCCUGCGUACUAUGGCAGUGUGUCACGUUUCCCGGCCGGUGCUUCCUUCAGACGGUACGCGAGGUCUGGUACUCGAAAGACGCAGUUUCUCUACAGGCACGUCAAACUGCGACCCAGUCCUUAAACAGUCAACAUGUCGGCUUAUGACGAUAAUGAGUCCAAACUCUUACAAAAGGUAAAGGAGAAUCCGUUUGUUCCUGUUGGAAUGGCUGGAUUUUUUGCCAUUGUCGGGUACAGACUGAUGAAAAUGAAAAGCCGUGGAGACACAAAAAUGUCAGUGCAUCUGAUUCACAUGCGUGUGGCUGCUCAGGGCUUUGUUGUCGGUGCCAUAACUUUGGGAGUCAUGUAUUCAAUGUACAGAGAUUACAUUGUGAAGCCCAAGGAGCAACAGAAAGAGGUGGAACACAAAUGAAAGUACAUUUUUGCAUAUUUUAUGUCCCUUAAUAUUAUUUCAUAUUAAAGUGUUUAGAAUGUUUAUUUUGUGUUAUGACUUUUGUAGGCUAAAUUCCCUUCUACAACUCACCUACAGCAAACAUUUCCAUUUCCUGACAUUGUAACAGGGUGAGGUUAUUGCUACUGCUGUAAGAUGCAAUUAUAUUGAACUCAGCUGUUUGUGGUUGUAAUCUAGGCUGGUUUAGUACCUGGAUAUGUGACAGUAUUUGAUUAAACAGAUGUUUACUUAAUCUAUUUUAGUAAGUGAACAUUAAUGUACAGUAACAAAUUAUACAACAGUCUGACGAGGUUCUGUAAGUUGAUAUAAAAACACCAAUGGCAUGUAGCAAACCACACUGUAAUAUUGUUUUUUUUUUUUUUGCCAAACUGACCGUGUGUACAACCUUUGUCCACCUUUUUAUAUUUUGGGCAUCGUAAAGAGAAUGAUCCACUUUAUCAACGCUUAAGACAAAGGCUGAAGCUGCUAUUUAAUAAGUCACCAGCAUCAUAAUGGUAAAGAAAACAAAUGCUUGAAGUAAUCACAUUUUGGAAAUUGGAAAUAUGUGCAUUUGUGGUGAUUUUAAUUAGUUAUUAUUUUAGUUUAAAACUAGUGAUUGUAAAAGGCCAGUCUUUUGCCAUGAUGUUACAAAUAUCUAAUAUUUAAUCAAAGCAACUAGUAUUCAAGAGACAUGCAAAUUCACUGGACUAUAGCUGCAGAUAGUACUCCACAGAAACUUCUAAAAUAUCAUCAUACAGCCAACAUUGUAAUAUUCGUAUAGAUGCUUUAAGUUAUUCACAAUAUUAAGAUGACAGUUUUGUGCAAAUAUAUUUUUGUGUAAAGUGGUUAAUUUUUUUUUCCUCUGAAAAUAAAAAUGAAAACUUAUGAAA